AUGGCAGUGAUCGUGGAAAACUGCACCACUGUGAAACAGUUCAUUCUCCUGGGAUUAUCAGAUGUCCCUGAAUUGAGAGUCUUCCUUUGCCUGCUGUUUCUUCUCAUCUAUGCAGUCACAGUUUUGGCCAAUCUGGGCAUGAUUGCACUGAUUCAGGUCAGCUCUCGACUCCACACUCCCAUGUACUUUUUCCUCAGCCAUUUGUCUUUUGUGGAUUUCUGCUACUCCUCGGUCAUUGUGCCAAAGAUGCUGGCUAAUAUCUUAACAAAGGACAAAGCAAUCUCCUUCCUGGGAUGCAUGGUGCAGUUCUAUUUAUUUUGUGCUUACAUAAUUACUGAGGUCUUCUUGUUGGCCGUGAUGGCCUAUGACCGCUUCGUGGCCAUUUGUAACCCACUGCUCUACGUGGUAGCCAUGUCUCAGAAGCUCUGUAUGGAGCUCGUAUCUUGCUGCUACCUCUGUGGGUCGGUCUGUUCUCUGAUUCAUUUAUGUUUAGCCCUUGACAUCCCAUCCUACAGGUCAAAUGUGAUUAACCACUUCUUCUGUGAUCUACUCCCUCUCCUAAGUCUUGCUUGCUCUGACGUCACCACAAAUGAAUUGCUGCUGUUCAUUGUGGCCACUGUCAAUGAGAUCAUCACCAUCACUAUCAUCCUCACGUCCUAUCUGUUUAUUCUCAUCACCAUCUUAAGGAUGCGCUCUGCUGAGGGAAGACGCAGAGCUUUUUCCACCUGUACUUCCCACCUCACGGCCAUCAUUGUCUUCCACGGAACAAUCCUUUCCACUUACUGCAAGUCCAGUUCAGACAAUAGUCUGGAUAUUGACAAAGUGAUUACAGUGUUCUACACAGUAGUGAUACCCAUGCUGAACCCCCUGAUCUAUAGUCUGAGGAACAAGGAUGUGAAAGAAGCUCUCAGAAAAGUGGUGGGUUCCAAAACAUGUUCCUAG